UUUCUGCAAUAUUUAUCAAUUUGGGAUAGUUUUUCCCAAUCGCAUUUAAAUUUACGCACUGCCAAUUUAUACCAUACGCCCAGCAGGUCAUGGAUACUUCCUUAGAAAACCUUUCGUCGACGCAGAAGGAUGAGUUGAUGAGCACAAUCAAGCAAAAGAUAGCGAUAGCGAAUGCCCAAGAGCUUGUUACCAAAAUGACGGAGAAAUGUUUCAGAAAAUGUGUCGGUAAACCCGGACAGGAUCUCGACGGUUCGGAACAGAAAUGCAUUGCCAUGUGCAUGGACAGGUUUAUGGACUCUUGGAAUGUCGUGUCUAGGGCAUUAACGCAACGUUUGCAACAAGAACAAUACAAAGGAUAACCUAGAUCAUUGAAUGCUAGCGUAACGUGUCCAGGGAAAUAGCCUAAUGUGUUUCACCAAUCGAAACCAGUCAUUUAUAUCUUCUGUUCAAAGACAUCUAAAAAUAGUGGUUUUUCGUUUGAAUUCAAUAAUUAGUUAAUAAAUCAGCUCUAGACUAUCUCA